AAGAUAUUUUGCCUAAAUUUGGGCUUCCUAGAUUUGGGGUGGUCUUCUCAGGCUCCCUUUUCAUGAAUCUAUAAGUAAACAUUACAUAAUUUUGUCUUUGCAAAUCUAAUCCCACUUUGCUGCAUCGAAAACUAUGGAGAUGAUUACUUCAAAACCGAUUCCAGGUAUAUUAUGUGUCCUAAUCUGGAUGUCGAUAAUUACGAGAAGCCAAGGUGCAGUCAUUGAUGCAAAACAGAACGGAGCAAAAGGUGAUGGUGUUACAGAUGAUAGCCAGGCUAUUACAAGUGCUUGGCAAUCAGCAUGUUCGUCGCCAACUCCGAGCAAGCUUUUGAUUCCAGCAGGGCAAUACGCUGUCGGGCCAAUGACAUUCCUUGGUCCCUGUAAAGCUCCUAUUACAGUGCAGUUUGAUGGAAACUUGAAGGCUCCCACGGAUCUCAACAAGCUCAAAUCACAGGACGGAUGGAUUGUUUUCCAGCAAGUUGAUGCCAUGACGCUUAGUGGUGGCGUCUUUGAUGGUCAGGGCAAAGUUGCCUGGUCUCAGAAUAAUUGUGCCCAAACUGGAAAAUGCAGCAAUUUACCCAUAAAUAUAAGGUUCAACAAGGUGACAAAUUCAAUGGUGCAAGGGAUAUCUUCAGUGGACAGCAAAUUGUUUCACAUGAACAUACUACAAUGCCAGAACUUGACUCUCAGCCAUAUAACCAUAAAUGCGCCAGGAGACAGCCUCAACACUGAUGGCAUUCAUAUUGGUCGCUCAAGUGGGAUAACGAUCUCUGAUUCUGACAUCAAAACCGGAGAUGAUUGUGUCUCCAUGGGUGAUGGAAGUCAGCAAGUGACUAUAGAAAGGGUGACGUGCGGACCAGGCCAUGGAAUUAGUGUAGGAAGCUUAGGAAAGUAUCACGACGAACAACCUGUGAUGGGAGUUUUUGUCAGAGAUUGUACAUUCACCAACACAAUGAACGGUGUUCGUGUCAAAACAUGGCCUGCUUCUCCCAAUGGCGUUUGCCAGGACUUGCAUUUCGAGAAUCUGAAAAUGGAUAAUGUAGGCACCCCUAUACUGAUAGAUCAACAGUAUUGUCCUUAUGGCCAAUGCCAAGCACAGGCUCCUUCGAAAGUUAAGAUAAGCGAGGUGAGUUUCAAAGGAAUUCACGGAACAUCAUCGACGAAAGUUGCCAUAAAGAUAGCUUGCAGCAAAGGGAUACCCUGUCAGAAUGUGGAGUUAAAUGACAUAAAUUUGCAGUACCAUGGUCCAGAUGGAAAUGGUGUGUCUCAAUGUGUAAAUGUUUUGCCAACAAUGAAUGGACAAAUAUUCCCUCCAGCUUGUACAGAAACACCAUGAUUUCUAUGAUUUUGCUAGGGUAAAUUAAAAUUAAAGCUGCUGGUGAUGUAUAUAUGUUGUAUAUAUGUAGAGAGGUAGGAAGUGUUGUGUACAAAUUCACAUAAAGGGACAGGCUCUACUUAUAGUUUAUGACAUUCA